GGCGCGGGGGGGUCUCCGUCGGGGAGGGGUGCGUGGGGGGGGGCGCAUCGAUGCCCGGCCAGAGGGGCGCCCCCUCCCGGCUGCCUUUGCCCGUGGGCGCCUGCGGGGUGGCGGCGCUGCUGCUGGCGCUGCUGAUGGUGCCGGCGCUGCAGCGGCUCUCCGGUCGCCUCUUCUCCGCCUCCUCCUCCUCCGCCUCCAUGGCGGCCGAGCCCCCUUCUUCUCCGGCGGCGACGGCGGCCCUCCUCUCGGCCGCCUUCGUCACCUGCCCCAACGAGACGGUGGCCAAGGACAUCGCCAGGGCCCUGGUGGAGCGGCGGCUGGCGGCCUGCGUGAACGUCCUGCCCCACGUCACCUCCAUCUACCGGUGGAAGGACGCCGUCGAGGAGGACGCCGAGGUGCUGCUGAUGAUCAAAACACGCAGCUCCAGGGUCUCGGCGCUGGCAGAGUAUGUCCGGUCGGUGCACCCCUACGAAGUGGCCGAGGUGAUCUCCGUCCCCAUCCAGCAGGGAAACCCCCCGUACUUGCGAUGGGUGGAAGAGGCCGUGGCCCCGGAGUGAGGGGCCCUUACUGUGUCCACAAUAAAGCCCCAGGGCGUUUCAGGCUCUC